CACAUCUUUCCGCAGAAUCAACCAUGACAGAUGCUAACAAAAACUGGGCCGUCUUCCUUGACCGUAUAAAUCUUCCUGAAUAUGCCACACAUUUUGUUAGUGCAAGAUCAGAGCCAAUUUCUUGGGCUUCUCGUCCAGAUGAAAGGAUCGAAGAAUUUCUGAGAACUCGUAAUGUUACAGACCUUGAAGACAUUACAGUUAUUAUAUAUAACUUGAGAAAUCUUUCUGCUCUUCUCAGUGAGUCUGACUUUCUUGAGCUCCGCCCGCCUCGUCUUAGCUACAUUAACAGAGCCAGAAGUACUGGAAGAGACUGUACGGAAUCAUUUGGUCGCCACAGUCUUUUAGAGAGAGUCAUAGGAGAGCCAGAUUUCAUACAGAAAGAUUCAAACGCGGUCCUACGUCUUGUUAUCGAGGUAAAAACAAAGUGGGCUUUAUCUGCGAACAACCUUGUGACAACAUAUGCCCAGAAUCUUACCGAGCGUCGAAACGAAAUCACCUCUCCAAUAUGCGUUUACAAUCAACUGAGGCAGGUUUUCGGAUACCUUUCACACAACCAUCUCCAGUUCGAAGCUCUCACUACUUAUGAUAAAACCUGGUUUCUAUACAAACAAGAACCCGGCAGUCAGGACGCCGGAAGAAGCAGCCGACAUAGGAUGCCGAUGGCAGGCUGGGGAAGAAAAGGAGGCAAGAGAAACAGAGUGAUGGCUCGCCCAAAUCAUCCAUCGAACAGAGAAGAAGAGCAUGUGCCCUUGGAAUUCUUUGACUGGGGAAGCUUCAGAGUAUUCAACGUCCUUGGAACGUGCCGCACUGGGACAGUGUUCAAGGCUAUUCUGCACGGAGAACUAGUUGCAUUGAAAAUAUGUGACUUGUGGCAACAUCCGGACUAUGAAAAGGAAUUACUUAAUGAGGUCGAGGUAUAUAAUGCUUUGAAGGACCUGCAGGGAGAUUGUGUUCCGAGGUUCAAGGGUGCCGGAUACACUGCUGGUGGACUAUUUAUCAUUGCAACAGAUAUUGUUGGUAGGCCCCUGGAAGAUGCAGAAAGCUUGAGUGAUCAGGAGUAUCUGGUGAUUCAAACAGCACUGUCAUCCAUCCAUCGCCAUGGCUUUGUCCACAACGAUAUUCGCAAGGAGAACAUUCUGAUCAAGCGCAGCAGCUACAAAUUCUAUGCUUCUUUCAUCGAUUUUGCCUUCUCCAAGCAAGGCUGUAAACGCGACUUCCAGAAGGAGAUGAAGUCAUUGGCAAGGCUUCUCGGACAGUCAUAG